CCACCACUGGAUAUCGUCAAAACAGUUAUGUUGUUCAUAUUAUUUUGAAAACGCCAACCCGGAAGUACUAGUAGAUCAAGUGACGAUAGGUUCAACGUCCCGGAGAAUGAUGCCUUAUUUGAAGUACAGUUGAGUAGUCAGUGGGGAGGAUGUUUUCUUCUGUCGCUGUUAAUAAUGUGAGAAUGCUGUAGCGAGAUACGACGCAGUAUAUUUGAAGAGUUAUAUCUUGUCCAGACCGUUAGCUUCAGACAGACACACAGACAGAGAUGUCAGGCUUCAGUGCUGAGCUUAUAGACUACCUGGAGGGUAGGAUAACUUUUGAGGAGUUCGACAGAAGGAGGGACGAGCGGAGGGCAAAGGAGUCAGGGGUAUCAGCUGAAGAGGUGGAGGAUGAUGCUCAGCCCUCGACGUCAGCACAAAUCCCGGCGAAAAUCGAAGAGGGAGUCAGCCCAGGGGUCCAGCUGGCCUUUGCCUCCAUGCUGGGGGAAACACCAGAGCCACCAUCUUCCGAAGAGGAGGGAGAUGAGGAAGAGGAAGACACCUUGAGCUACGUUGAUGACGAAGAUGAUGAGGAUUACAAGGUGGACGAGGAGGAGGGAGAAAAGGCAGAGGUGGGGCUGGAGGAGAAGAAGCAGCAGAGGCAAGCAGGAAGAGGAGGGAGAGGAGCGGGGAGGAGGAGGAGGAGGAAGAAAGAGGAGGAGGUGGAGGAUCUGACGGUGGGAGAUGUGUUCGCACUGGAGAUGGAGCUGAACCGAGAAAACAAGAAGAUGAUGAAGGAAAGGCGUCAUCGCAGCAAGCUGCCCCGAGCUCUGAGAGGCCUGAUGGGAGAAGCCAACAUCCGCUAUGCCAGAGGAGAGAAAGAGGACGCCAUUUUGAUGUGUAUGGAGAUCAUAAGACAAGCUCCUCUGGCUUAUGAGCCUUUCUCUACGUUGGCUAUGAUUUACGAGGAUGAUGAAGACAUGGACAAAGCGCUGCAGUUCAGUCUGAUCGCCGCCCACCUGAACCCCUCAGACUGUGAGGAGUGGAUCAGACUGGCUGAAAUGUCUCUGGAGCAGGACAACAUCCGACAGGCCAUCGUCUGCUACACCAAAGCCAUCAAGUACGACCCCACCAACGUGCGGUACCUGUGGGAGCGCUCCAGCCUCCACAUGCGUCUGGGUGAGCACAAGCAGUGCAUGGACGGCUACCGCAGAAUCCUCUUACUGCUGCCGAUGGAGGACGGAGAGCAUUUCAUGCAGCUCUCCAAGGACAUGGCCAAGAGUUACUAUGAGAGUAAUGACUUACCUUCAGCUCUGAGUGUGAUAGAGGAAGCUCUGGCGCGACACCCCACCCUGGUCAGCGAUGACUUCAUCAACAUGGCAGCUGAGCUCUAUAUUUCCAGUCGCCAGUACAACAAGGCCCUGCAGGUCUUGGUCCAGUUUGCAGGCAUUGUUUUGGUAAGGGCUGAAUCCGAAUCAGACCUCACGGUGAAAACACAAGAGGAGAAAGUGGUAGAGAAGACGGAAGAGGAGCAGGAGAAGAAGAAUGAAGAAGGUGCAACGACUGAAGAGGAAAUAACAGCUGAGGAGAACAGUGCAAUUAAACAUGUCCAGGUACCAGACACUGUCCCCGUGGACCUGAGGGCCAAGCUAAUUGUCUGCCUCAUUCACCUGCAUGUCUACAGUCCUGUGGAGAGCCUGGUGCAGUUGCUGAUGGAGCAGAGUCCAGAGGAGAUUGGUGACUUGUACCUGGAUGUAGGUGAAGCCUACCUGGAGGAGGGCGAGUACAUGUCUGCUCUGCCUCUGCUGUCUUCCCUCGUCAUAUCCGACAAGUACAACCUAGCUGUCGUCUGGCUCCGACACGCAGAAUGUCUGAAGGCGCUGGGCCUCAUGGAGGCAGCAGCAGACAGCUACACGAAGGUGGUAGAGAUGGCCCCGCAGCACCUGGAGGCCCGGCUCUCCCUGGCCACCCUGCAGCAGCAGCUGGGCAAGCCAGAGUGUGCCCUCAAGGCCCUGGAGUCCAUGUACGACAGUGACACACUGUCACAAGACUCGUCAGCUGCACAAAAGGAAUUAAAGCUGCUGCUGCAUCGUUCGACACUACUGAAGACUCAGGGACAAAUACAGGAUUACCUGGAUGCUAUGAUCACCAUGAUCUCCAUGCUGCUUAAGGUGGCCAUGCAGCGAGCAGAGGUGAGUGUACGCUCUGUAAUGGUGUCUGGUAAGAAUCACCUGAGGCUGAUGAAGGUUAAAGACAUGCAGCCAGAGAUUGCUGACCAUGAAGCUGCCUACCUGGACAAUACUGGUAAAACCAAUGUUCUGUCCAGAGAGGACUGGUGGCAGCUGCUGGUGAGCUGCGUGCUGACGCUCUGUGAGGUGCAGCGCUAUGAAGAAGCCGAGCUGCUGGUGGAGUCGGCCAUGGAGUUCUACUCCUUUUAUGACAACAAGCCCAGGAGAAAGGAGUUGGAGUUCUUUGGCCUGUCUGCCACCAUCCUGGACCACAACUACUACAAAGCCUACAACUACAUCAGAUUGAUGCUGAUGGAAAAUGUGGAUCUGCCUCAGCUGUGGAAUAUUUUCAACCAGCUGACGAUAACCUCUCAGCACCAGCGCCACCAUCGCUUCUGCCUGCGUCUGCUGUUAAAACACCCAGAUAAUCACGCCUUGUGUGUCCUCUGUGGACACAAUGCCAUGGUGUCAGGGAGCUUCAAACACGCUCUGGGCCAGUAUGUUCAGGCCUUCCAGACUCACCCCAACAACCCACUCCACAGCCUGUGUGUGGGUCUCACCUUCUUCCACAUGGCAUCUCAGAAAUACGUAGCCAAACGACAUACACUGGUGCUGCAGGGUUUCUCCUUCCUGUGGAGAUAUGUGGAACUGCGUGGAGAGUGUCAGGAGAGCAUGUACAACCUGGGCAGAGCGCUGCACCAGAUGGGUCUCACACAUUUGGCCAUACAUUACUACCAGAAGGCACUUACACUGCCUGCACAGAAACUGGAGGGCAUUUCUGAUGAUCAGGUGGAUCUGAGGAGGGAGAUCGCCUUCAACCUGUCACUCAUCUACCAGGCCAGUGGGAAUAUAGAGAUCGCCCGGCAGCUUAUCAACACACACUGCAUCGUUUGAAAAUGUAAAACAAAUGCUGCAUUUGCUCUACCAGUGUUUCUGAUUUUGAUUUUGGGGAGUCUGAUUCAGUUCCUGAAGGACUAAGUAUGACGCAAUUAAUAAUUAAAUGCUCAAACAAAUACUGAAACUCACAGCUUUCUAUCUUGUCAUAACUUAUGACAUUCUCUCUGUAGGUUCAUUUAUGUGUAUUUAUUUUAGAUGGGUUGAGCAGUGAGGCCUGAGUGAUUUGAUGUUUUUAUAAUAUUCAUAUUUUUCCAGCUUUGGAGGAACUGCUCCUAAAUAAAAACAUUAGUUAUCAUCUCAAUAAAUAAACACAAAUCAUCAACCCAUUUUGUGCAUACAGUUCUAUUUUUGUUAACGAAACAUGUUCAGUCUAAUUCACUGAUGCUAUUUUUGAUAAUAAAAUAUCCUUGUUGUUUUGAA